AAAAUCUUAGCCAAAAUAGCGCGAAAAUCGUUUGGCGGUGCGCGUGCGGCGGGGUGGGCUCAGGUGAGCGUCAGUCCGCGCCGCGAUCUCCCACCGACAGGGAUCCACGCACGCCACGCCGCGAAAUUUCGGAACUGUUUAGAAAAAUCGAACGCAUUUCGUUCUCUAUACAGAAAAAUAGCAUAAAAACAAAUCGAGUCGUUUAGAGAAUAGAAAUGGGCGGAGUUUUGGGGUAGAAGGUUUUUUUGGGUGUUUUUUGGUUGUUGAGAGAUGGUUACAGCGGAGGUGUUGGGGCAGUGAUGUCCGUCGAGAGAUGCGGCCUGUUGUCAUCGCCGCCUGCUUGCUGCUGCUCGCGCCCAUCACCGACUCUUGGUGGGCGUCUGGCAGCGCAGUCAUAUUAGAUCCUCGGAUGAUCUGCAAAAAGAACCGGCGGACGCGCGGCAGACUGGCCCAGAUCUGCAGGAACGAGACGGGGCUGCUGAAGGAGAUCACCAAGGGAGUGACCUUGGGAGCCACGGAGUGCGCUCACCAGUUCAGAAACAGGCGGUGGAACUGCACCACACAGAGACGGAGUAUGAGGAAGAUACUCAUGAGGGACACCAGGGAGACGGGCUUCGUGAAUGCGAUCACAGCCGCUGGCGUCACGUACUCCAUUACCAGGGCGUGCACAGCAGGAUCUCUGCUAGAGUGCUCUUGUGAAAAGGGAGCACCAAAACCACGCCGUGGGCGCGAAUCAGUAACGCUCCCCCCAUCCCAAGUGCCAACAGAGAGGUGGCAAUGGGGGGGAUGCAGCGAUAAUGUACGCUUCGGGCUCAAGAAGUCCAGAGAAUUUAUGGAUAGUCGCUACAGAAAACGAAGUGAUAUCAAAACCCUCAUCAAACUGCAUAACCAUAAUGCUGGGAGGUUGGCUGUCAAGAACAAUAUGAAAAUGGAAUGUAAGUGCCACGGACUGUCCGGCUCGUGCACACUAAGGACAUGCUGGUGGAGGAUGCCCACUUUCAGAGAAGUUGGGGACAGGCUAAGAGACCGAUUCGAAGGUGCUGCUAAGGUGAUUGCCAGCAAUGAUGGGGACAGUUUUAUGCCAGAAAGUCCAAGUAUCAAGAAACCUGGCAAGAAAGACAUCAUUUACUCUGAAGAGUCGCCAGAUUUCUGCUCAGCUAAUCUAAAAACUGGUUCUUUAGGCACAUUAGGACGUCAGUGUAAUAUCAGCUCGGCUGGAACCGAUAGUUGUGAUCAAUUAUGCUGCAGGAGAGGUUACAAGGAAACCUCUGUCAGAGACACUGAAAAUUGCAACUGCCAAUUUAAAUGGUGUUGCGAAGUAAUAUGUGAAACAUGCUACAUUAAACGAAAUAUACAAACAUGCUUAUAAUGUGAUAGACGAUACAAUAAAUGUUUAAUAUGAAAAUCUGAA